GCUUUCUGCUGCUGGAGUUGAGCUGCGCUGGGCGGUGCUUUUUGCUUUUUGCUGUCGGGGCUGAGUUGAGUUGAGCUGCGCUGGGAGGCGCUUUCUAUUGCUGGAGCUGCUUUGGGCGGUGCUUUCUGCUUGUGGAGCUGAGCUGAGCUGAACUGCGCAGCGCUGGGCCGGGCCGGGCUGGGCUAGGCUAGGCUGGGCUAGACUAAGCUAAACUAAACUAAGCUGGGCUGGGCUGCGUGCGGACGGACGGGACGCGGCGAUGGGGUCGCCCCGGGUUUGAUGCUUUGACAGGUGCCCGACGCCAGGCAGCUCCUUCCCCCCCCCCCCCCUAGAAAGAAAGCAUGUUCGCCAAAAGCAAAGGCUCGGCGGUGCCCUCGGACGGACAGGCACGAGAAAAGUUGGCUCUGUACGUGUACGAAUAUCUGCUUCAUGUCGGGGCACAGAAAUCUGCACAGACCUUCCUCUCAGAGAUACGAUGGGAGAAAAAUAUUACAUUAGGAGAACCUCCUGGGUUUCUACACUCCUGGUGGUGUGUAUUUUGGGAUCUUUACUGUGCAGCUCCUGAAAGACGAGACACGUGUGAACAUUCAAGUGAAGCAAAAGCCUUUCAUGAUUAUAGUGCAGCAGCGGCACCAAGUCCAGUGCUUGGAAACAUUCCACCCAGUGACGGGGUACCAGGCCCUAUUCCUCCGGGAUUUUUUCAGGGACCCCCAGGUUCUCAACCCUCGCCACAUACACAGCCGCCUCCUCACAAUCCUAACAACAUGAUGGGACCCCACAAUCAGCCUUUUAUGUCACCACGAUACGCAGGAGGUCCAAGACCCCCAAUCAGAAUGGGAAGCCAGCCUCCAGGUGGUGUUCCCGGUGCACAGCCAUUGUUACCAAACGCACUGGAUCCCACACGACAGCAAGGACAUCCUGGUAUGGGUGGGCCAAUGCAGAGAAUGAACCCUCCUCCACGAGGGAUGGGCCCAAUGGGACAGCAGUCUGAUCCUUGGUUAUCGUUGCAGAACUAUGGCGGUUCAAUGAGACCUCCACCCAAUUCAAUAGGUCCCGGCAUGGCUGGAAUGAACAUGGGUCCCGGGGCUGGACGACCAUGGCCUAAUCCUUCUAAUGCUAACUCAAUUCCGUACUCCUCUUCGUCUCCUGGUACAUAUGGGGGGCCCCCUGGUGGCGGAGGUCCUCCAGGAACACCGAUAAUGCCAAGUCCAGCAGAUUCCACAAAUUCCAGUGACAACAUGUACACAAUGAUUAAUCCCGUUCCACCUGGAGGAAGCCGGUCAAAUUUCCCACUGGGGCCUGGCUCUGAAGGUCCCAUGGGUGGAAUGGGCGGAAUUGAGCCACUUCAUAUGAAUGGAUCAUUAGGAUCAGGCGAUAUGGACGGGAUCCCUAAGAAUUCUCCCAACAACAUGAGCAGCAUUACCAAUCCUCCAGGCACUCCAAGGGAUGAUGGUGAAUUAGGAGGCAAUUUUCUUCACUCCUUCCAAAAUGACAACUAUUCCCCCAGCAUGACGAUGAGCGUGUGAUUUUUCCCCUUCCCCCUUCUCCAGGACCAGAAUGAUGAGACAGCUGCCCUUUGGAAGAUUAAAGAACGUAUGCAAGAAGCAGUUCAACGUGUUGACGAGGAACUGGGGGCAAAACCCCAAUUUUGAGUUUCACACAAGAAAAAAGCUGAACUUCUUUAAUUCCAUAAACAUGAAGGACAACAAAAAAGAAUCAAGACAUAAAACCCUUCUCCUGGAAGGACUGUACGUUACACAUCGCAUCUUUUUGAAGCAAAGACAAAAAUGUAAACGCCUCUAGCACCCGAACAGACCUCUUCCGCUUCAUCCUCUGAACCCAUGUAUCUUUGUGCUGAACUGAAUAUGGCGCUAGUCUAGGUAUAAGAUCCGAUGUUGUCCAUAUUGUAGCCAUUUUAACUGGGACGUUUACACAAUGUGGUUUACUUUCGAAGGCCUAUUAUUUGGUGGCACAGAUUAUUUUUUUUCUUGCUUCUGUGAGACUUCCCCCGCCAGGUGCAAGGUGUUAAUCAGUUGUUGUUCCAUACCUGUGUAACUGAACGAUGAUAUGCCCAGUGGGUUCCAGUUUGAGAGGAGCGUACAUCUUUUCCCCCCAAAUCUCAUUAUUCUCUAACCUCCCGAAAUCCAACCCAACCCCCACCCCCUGCGCCCACACGUAUGUGCAUACCUCAAAGGUGGGUUGCUUCAUUCCUCUGUUACUUUAUUGAUCCAGAGGAAAACUCCACACGUGAGAAAGAGACAACUACAGACGUGAUUGAAAUAGAGGAAAAUAAACAGUUUUAAUGGCACUGCAAUGAUGCUGGGAUCUCUGUACAAUUACACACUACCUGUAGAUGGUCUUUUGUUUAAACCCACUUCUAUACAAUGUGUAUCAAGUUAUGUAAAAUAUUAUCUUGCCUGGACAACCCUUGUGCUGAUUCUUGAUAACAUUGUAGCUGUUCUGUGUUUCUUACCUUGUAGUCUGGUUAUAAAAAAGAAAAAAAUCUACAAUGUAGUUUUGUGUUCAAUAUUUGUUGCUAAUGUUUUAUUGAGGGUUGUUUUUUCUGCAACCCUUUACAGAGUUUUCAGGAACGUCAACUGUGUUGUUGUGCUGACUGCAGGUUAUGGGAUGUUAACAUACUUUGUUUUUGUUUGGGGGGAGGGGUGGUGGGGGUUGGGGGCAAUAGCAGGAUCUUUCUAAAUGAAUUGCCUUUUUAGAUGUGUUUCAAAUCAAUCUAACUGUGUUUAGCUGUAGAGUUGCUGAACGAGUAUGUAAAUCUCCUAUUUGCAGUCAGAUCGGAACAUACUGAUGAAAUUUUGGUGUUUUAUUGUAGAUUUCAGUCUCCAGGAAAUCGUGCAUUUUAAACUGAGAAAAAGACAAGUCUGGCAAAUGUAAUUUUACAAAUUCGCUAAAUUAUUGUCUUCAUUGGGAUGGUUUUGAAUGAAACGGUUCUUUUCUCCAAUGCUGUAAUAAAUAUAAACAUAAAACUUAAUUUUGAUUCUUUUCUGUUAACUUGUUGAACAUUUGCUAUCGUCAUAAUUGUUGGAAGAAAAGCUGAUAUUUCCUGUACCUCAUGUUUAAAGGAUUUUUUAAAUAUGUACAAGAAGCUAUUUAAAUUAUUUCCAAAGUGUACUGUUCAUAAUACUGAAGUGCAGUUGGCUGUGGCAGAGCUGGGUGUGUGUUUAAAAAGGAUCAUGCUGUCAUCAACUCAUGAAAGAUGGGAAAGCUCUCUGUCACACCAGGAAACGCUCUUUUAAACUGUCCCCUGAAUGAUGCAAAGGAAAUAGAUUUUGAAAGCAGCAAGCUGAGAGAACUGUGGGCUGAAUUGUCAAAUAUACACCACGUAAGUGUGCACAAAAGGCACAAAUGUGAAGCAACGCAGUCCAUGUAACAGUGUAGGUUGCAUCUGAAACCAGACCAGGAUGAUGCUGUCAUUCUGUCAUCUUGGUUGUGCUUAAAAAGGGUUUGGGAAGACUUGGCUCAAUUUGGAGGCCACAUUAUCUGCAAGGUAGACAAAAUUGGCUCAAAGAAUACAAGAUCUUUUGGGAAAUUUAAAUCUUGCAGUAGUGCAGCAGAUUGUUUGGUUAAAUGGAUACAAUAAAAGUCUGAUCAGAAAUGUAUUCCUGCUUAAUGUGAAGCAGCUGAGUUGUCUUAGGAGUCUUUUAAAGGCAAAAGGUCUUUUAUUGGCAUCUUUGCUACUAAGUUGAGGAUGUUUAUUAAUGAUGGAUGCCUAAAUUAGGAAGUAUCAUGUUUUAUUCUCGAGUAUUAACAUUUGUAACCUCCAGUGUAACAGUCAUGCUUUAAAUGAUGAGGCAAAGGCCAAGCCCUACCUACUUGGAGAAAGUGUUUUUGAAUCGAAAGCUGCAAUGGACUGCACUAGGGAAGUGAACUUUAAAAUUAACAAUUUUGGAAUUGAAUUCUGGAAGUUAGAAAUGGGUAUCAGAAACAAUGGCAACAUUUUCCAUCCCUUAGACGAAUUGUAGAUUUUUAUGUAGGAAUUUGGCCCAAUGCAGCAAUGUUUAUGUUGACAUUACACCAGUGCCAUCUAUCACUAUUCAUUUCCCCUACACUUGUAUAUUUAUUUUCAAAACUGAUUCAUUUUCAAGUGAAUGCAACCUUUGCCAUUGUGUAACUUUGAAUAUCUUUUGAUAUUCAAUGGACUUAUUCAUACAGAAAAAAACAAAUGACACUGAUCCAAAAUGAAAAUGGGUGUUUUAAGGGAAUGAGAAUUAAGUGAAAGUGAUGAUCUUGUCUACAUAUUUUGCCUGAGCAUAUUCUCCUGCAAGCAUCAGGUGACUUCACUGAUAUAUAUAUGCUUUAUAAUUAAUGAAGCAAUUAUGCAACUAGAAUAGAGACCGACAAACUAGCAAAAAUGCAAUUGUCGGGAAUAAGUUGAAAACAGAUGCACACGUGUUGAAAUAUAAUACAAAGUGAGAGAUGCAUAAAGAAAAAUGAGCUGAAGUAAAUAUUAAAAUUAAAUAUUACGACAAGUUGGUCGUGCAUGAAAAAUUGAAGAAACUGAGAAAGGAAAGAACAAUCAGAGUAACAAACUGAUAGAAUGUGGUUAGGUAUAUGCAUUUUCAGAACUUUACAAUGGGCUACAUAAUUUUGACAUUAAUGUAAAUAGACCUCCAUUUUUUCUAUUAUCUGUGCAUGAUACUGCAUGGAAUGACCGAGACAACAAUAAUAAUAUGAUGAAACAACCUUUUGUAAUUUGUUAACCAAUGGAACAUUCACUGUAACAGUGAAGUACAAUUGUUGGAAACAGGACAAAUGAUAUUAUGGAUGAAGUUGGUAAAAUUAAAUAAUUUAAAGUUUUGAUGUGUUUGUUUUCUGAAGACAAUACAAAACAUGGAACGGUAUUGAAGAAACUUACUUAAAGAACCAUGGUCUAGUCAUUUUGAAUAUUGUAAAGUUUAGGAGAGGAGGUAUAAUGUAUGAAUAAAAUAAAGUUAUUAAUCUCCAACUUUGCAUAUUAUAAGAUGAACAGGAAGUUCUCAUUUUGAAAUGUUCAUUAAAGUAAAAAUAAUUAUUUAAUUAUUUGUUCCUUUUGAUGAAAUUCUACACACUGUUCUAUAAUUUAAAGUAUAUAAUGACAAAACUUUCUUGUAUUUAUAACAGUGCUGCCCUGGGGAAACUGCACAGCUGUAAUAAAACUCAAACUUU